ACUAGAUCCGGAAGUUCUCUCUGUAUCCGCUCCUUCCUGGUUAUCUUGCCGCCUCGAAUUCCCAUAAUACCCCGCGCGCGCGCGGCCGCCUUCCUUUUUCCGCCAUCUUGCUGCCCUGGCAUCAUGGUGCGCAUGAAUGUUCUGGCCGAUGCUCUUAAAAGCAUCAACAAUGCAGAGAAACGUGGAAAGCGUCAAGUUCUCAUCAGGCCAUGCUCCAAAGUAAUCGUCCGGUUCUUAACUGUGAUGAUGAAACACGGCUACAUAGGUGAAUUUGAGAUCAUCGAUGACCACAGAGCUGGGAAAAUUGUUGUGAAUCUCACAGGCAGGCUUAACAAGUGUGGUGUGAUCAGUCCCAGAUUCGAUGUCCAGCUGAAAGACUUGGAAAAGUGGCAGAACAACCUGCUGCCUUCACGUCAGUUCGGGUACAUUGUCCUGACCACAUCAGCUGGCAUCAUGGAUCACGAGGAAGCGAGGCGAAAGCAUACAGGAGGGAAAAUCCUGGGUUUCUUUUUCUAAACUUGUAAAAAAAAAAAGCAGACAAAUUAAUAAAUUGUUCAAAAGGA